GACCGUCGUCGAUUGGAGAUGCUCGCGCCACUGCUUCGUCUCCGCUGGUUGGCUCCGUCCUUCUCUGUCUCUUUUUCUGAGCCAUUCGUUUCGACACAUUUUUCCGCACCGCCCAUCACUAAUUCCCCAUGAGAAACGACAUGAGGCUCUCCAUCUCUUUCUUAUCCCAUCCGACCUCGGCUAGCCUAAUCCAUCGUCCUCCCCCAUCUCCACUCGCGAUCUGCUGAUCGUUUGGGUUUCUUGGGGCCGCCGCAGUAUUGUGCAUCGGAUUGAUUCUCUAUCAUAUGCCCACCGCGAGAUCUUUUGUAUCGGCGUUUGUGUAUGUAACGAGUCAACAUAUUCGUAAAAUGGUUGAAUGAGGAUAUGAUGAGUGUCAUCUCGAGCCAUCCUCAAAAUUUACCACUUCGAGUCUUUGACAGUUCCAUAAAGAGCAGACUAAGUAAAAUACAAUGUUUGGGAUAUUCAGCCACAGAGUUGCCUCCUGGAGGGAUGCCAAGUGCUAAACAUCAACAACUCAUUAGUGUCCAUGGAAGAACACGAUGUUCUAGGCUGUUUAUUGUAAGAGCAGUCAGCGAUGAAGCAGAAUCAAACAGCUCUGAUGAUGAUGAGAAGGACCCGGAAACUAAAAAGGAAGAGGUUAAUGGUGGGUUAUCCCGUGAUUAUUUGGAGCGAAUAAUUGGAAUAGAUGAUUCAACUUUUAGUGGAACGGAUCUUGCAACUCUAAUCAGGAAAAAGUAUGGUAGAUCAUAUGAUGUCCUACUAAUUAAGAAGGAAUUUAUGGGACGAAACUUGCUGGCAAUGAAUGUCAUGUGGAAAUACAUGGAGCAGAGAUCCUUUCCCUUGACUGAAGAGGAGUAUAUAUUGAGGCUUGAUGACAUAGCAAAUACGUUGAAGUGUUGGGGAGCUGUCUCACAUAUUCGGAAUAGCCUUGCUAAAUCGAAGGAACGUCCUCGAAUAGGAAAAGCAGUCAGCAUCUUCAUAGACAUGGAUGAAACUGGGGGCCGUUCUAGCGAGUGGAUCUACAAGUGAUUGGCAGGCAAAUCAUGCAUUUUUUGUGCAUUUUAACGAGACACUUGGAUCACUUUGCUGAAUUCAACAUCUUUGGUGAAUCAAUAUUGAAAUUAUCUCAAUUGAUGUGCCUUUGAUCCUUGUGGUCACAUGAUGUCCCCAAAGUAACCUGAAUGGAGUCAAGAUGUUCAUAAUCUUUAAAGUUUCACGUAUCAAAAUAUAAUCUUACAUGGUAAAUGAUCGAUGUCUGUGUACAAAGUUUUAUCAGUAUCAGGUUGUCACUGAUUACAGUCUCAAUGAUAUCCGAUGUUCUUCA